AUGCCAUUUAUCACCAAGUUUAGAGUUAUACAAUCGAGGCAAAUGCAUGUGAAAGCUAUAAAAAUGAGGUGGUUAACCGGCGGGGUCAACUAUAGUUAUUUAGUCUCCACUGAUGAUCAAAAAGCAUCAUGGCUAAUUGACCCUGCGGAGCCUCUUGAAGUAUUAUCAUCAUUGAGUAGAUCUGAGAAACAAAACGUGACAGCAAUAGUAAAUACCCAUCACCAUUAUGAUCACUCUGGUGGUAAUAUUGCAAUUUUAGCAGCGUUGAAAACAAUAGGUAUCAGUGUACCUGUUAUUGCAGGGUCUAAUAUCUCUCCAAGAGCCACGGAGAUUCCUAAGCACCUACAGCGUUAUCAAUUGGGUGAUACAAUCGAUAUAUUGUGUAUUAGAACUCCGUGUCACACACAGGAUUCCAUUUGUUACUUUAUGGAAGAUAAGAAGUCCGGUGACUGUGCGGUGUUCACAGGAGAUACCUUAUUCACUGCUGGAUGUGGUCGCUUCUUCGAAGGAACAGCGAAGGAGAUGGAUAUGGCAUUAAACCAAAAUCUAAUCAAUCAUGUUGAAAAGCUUUCAAGUGCCAAAGUUUACCCAGGACAUGAAUACACUAAGGGCAAUGUUCUGUUUGUGCGAAGCGCCAUUUAUAAAAAUUAUGGAGAGAAUGAAGCCUUUGAUGAAUUAGAGAAGUUUACUAACGCUAAUGAAGUUACAACUGGGCAUUUUACACUCAAAGAUGAAACCAAUUACAACCCUUUCAUGAGGUUAAAUGAUCCUAUUGUGAGAAAGCGGGUGGGAGAUAAAGAUGGUUCCUGGACCAGCUCCCAAGUGAUGAAUAAGCUGAGACACAUGAAGAACAACGCAUAA